AUGUGGCUGCUCAGUGGAGUCCCCCAUCCUCUUGCCGCUCCUCUGCAGUUAGAAGUGUGUGGAAACCUGUUGAAGGGAAACCUAAGAACUUAUCUGGGCGGCACAGCCAUCAUCUCAGAUGUGAAUGAUCGGCAAGACUUCACGCUCUGCCCACCAGGACAUCUGCCGGAGGAACAUAUCAGAGCCGAGGAGGAAGAAGAGAUAUUUGGCUAUCGGACUCAAUGCUGCAGGAAAAUUCUCUGCCUUGCUGGAUCCAUCUUCUCACUUGGGAUCCUCCCCUUGGUGUUUUACUGGAGACCAGCUUGGCAUGUAUGGGCACGUUGUGUCCCAUGUUCCUUGCAAGAGGCAGAUGUCGUGUUGCUGAAGACAACAGAUGAAUUCCAAACUUACUCUUGGAAAAAGGUAAUGUGGAUCUACCUGUCAGCAUUAAACAGCGCAUUUGGUCUCACUCCAGACCACCCUUUCAUUACAGAUGAGGAGGACAUCAUAAAUAGAGCCAUAAGAAAGCCAGACCUAAAGGUGAGAUGCAUAAAGGUGCAGAAAAUAAGAUAUGUUUGGGACAACUUAGAAGGGCAGUUCCAAAAAAUUGGCUGUUUGGAAGACUGUCUCACUUCUGCCAAGAUACAUCUAAAAUUCGGAUCAGGUCUAACAAGAGAAGAACAAGAGAUCAGGUUUUGUGCUCUUCCUAUUGUACAUAUGCUUCUGAAGGUUUUUUAUCAUACUCACAUUGAGCCAGUUUUGACUGUAACCCGGAAAUAUGUACUACACCAUGAUAAAAGAGCUAAAAAAGUUCUAAAUCCAUUUUACAUAUUUCAACUCUUCAGUGUCUGUUUGUGGUUUAGUGAAGACUAUAAGGAAUAUGCUUUUGCCAUUAUAAUCAUGUCCAUCAUUUCCAUAGCAUUGACUGUAUAUGAUCUCAGAGAGGUGAGUUUUUCCAUCCUGUGCUUUGAGAGAUUGUUGGCUAAGAAACGCUGACUGAACAUUUGUCUUCUCACAUUUUCAGCUGGAGUCCAAGAUCUGGAAUCAUGCUUCCUGGUACCUGGAGAUUUAUUAAUUUUGACAGGGAGUAAAGUACAGAUGCCAUGUGAUGCCAUUCUGAUUGAUGGCAGCUGUGUGGUAGAUGAAGGCAUGCUGACAGGAGAAAGUAUUCCAGUCACCAAAACUCCAUUACCCGAGAUGGAUAGCUCAGCACCCUGGAAAAUGCAGAGCGAAUCAGAUUACAAACGGCAUGUCCUCUUCUGCGGAACGGAGGUUAUCCAGGCCAAGGGAGCUGGUGCUGGGACUGUGAAAGCGGUCGUACUACAGACUGGGUUCAACACUGCAAAGGGGGACCUCGUGAGAUCCAUUCUCUACCCCAAGCCAAUGAAUUUUAAGCUCUACAGGGAUGCCACCAGGUUCCUCCUGUGCCUCGUAGGGACAGCUACCAUUGGGAUGAUCUACACCCUGUGCGUCUAUGUGCUCAGCGGGGAACCGCCUGAGGAGGUGGUGAAGAAAGCCCUUGAUGUCAUCACGAUUGCGGUUCCUCCUGCUCUACCUGCUGCUCUGACCACAGGCAUUAUCUACGCCCAGAGGAGGCUGAAGAAGAGAGGCAUCUUCUGCAUUAGUCCCCAGAGGAUUAAUGUAUGUGGACAAUUAAACCUUAUCUGCUUUGACAAGGUAUGUGGGUUCCAUCCUCACACUGGUCGCCACUGUUGUCAUCACUGUCCUCAGGGAAGUCACAUGGAUGCCAAGAAUGUGAAGUAUAACCACGAGGACGACAACGCUCCCUUUCUAUUUCUGUUCAAUCAUAUAUAUAUUUCAAGGGAGAAGGUGGAGACAGACUUGAUAUUUCUGGGAUUGCUGAUCUUGGAGAAUCAAUUGAAGGAAGAGACAAAACCUGUCCUAGAAGAGCUCAUCUCGGCCUGGAUAAGGACUGUAAUGAUCACAGGUGACAAUCUUCAGACUGCAAUAACAGUGGCCAGAAGGUCUGGGAUGGUUUCUGAAAACCAGAAAGUCAUUCUUAUUGAAGCAAAUGAAAACAGUCGAUCUUCAUCAGCAUCUAUAUCUUGGAAAUUAGUAGAAGACAAGAAGCACAUUGUAUACGGGAAUCAGGACAAUUAUAUUAACAUCAGGGAAGAAGUCCCUGGUAACGACAGAGAAGGAAGUUACCAUUUUGCCCUAAGUGGAAAAUCCUUCCAGGUGAUAAGUCAACAUUUCAGCAGCCUACUUCCAAAGAUACUGAUCAAUGGGACCAUCUUUGCAAGAAUGUCUCCUGGGCAGAAGUCCAGCCUGGUGGAAGAAUUUCAGAAACUGGAUUACUUUGUAGGGAUGUGCGGUGAUGGAGCCAAUGACUGUGGGGCUUUGAAAAUGGCUCAUGUUGGCAUCUCUCUGUCAGAGCAGGAGGCAUCUGUGGCCUCACCUUUCACCUCCAAAACUCCAAACAUUGAGUGUGUACCACAUCUUAUCAAGGAAGGACGUGCAGCUCUCGUGACCUCGUUUUGCAUGUUUAAGUACAUGGCUGUGUACAGCAUGAUUCAGUAUGUUGGUGUUCUGCUGCUCUACUGGAAGACAAACAACCUUUCAAACUACCAGUUUCUGUUCCAGGAUCUGGCCAUUACAACUCUUAUUGGUGUAACAAUGAGUCUGAAUGGUGCCUACUCCAAGCUGGUGCCUUUCAGACCCGCGGGACGGCUGAUCUCCCCACCUCAGCUGCUCUCUGUGAUCCUCAACGUCCUCCUCAGCCUGGCCAUGCACAUCGUGGGCUUUGUCCUGGUGCAGAGGCAGCCUUGGUAUUCUGUGAAGAUGCACAGUGCCUGCACAGUGAAAAAUGAAAGCAUCUCAAAGUUAACCGUUUCUCCAACUGCUCCAGAAAAAAUUGAAAGUAAUAGUGCCAUCAUGAGCUUUGAGAACACUACUGUAUGGUUCUUGGGAACGAUCAACUGUAUCAUGGUGGCUGUUAUAUUCUCUAAAGGAAAGCCUUUUAGGCAGCCCACCUAUAAAAACUAUAUAUUUGUCCUUGUGCUGAUCGUACAGUUGGGUGUGUGUCUGUUCAUUCUAUUUGCUGAUAUUCCAGAAUUAUACAGGCGUUUGGAUCUGCUGUGCACCCCUGUCCUGUGGAGGGUCUACAUUGUCAUUAUGCUCGGCUCCAAUUUCUUUGUGUCCCUUGUUGUGGAGGAGACCAUUAUUGAAAACCGAGCUCUAUGGAUGGUAAUCAAAAGGUGUUUCGGCUAUCAAUCAAAAAGCCAGUAUCGGAUAUGGCAGAGGGCCUUGGCAAAGGACCCCAGUUGGCCCCCAUUAAACCAGACCUUCUACUGUGACCUGCCAGGGUGUGACAGGGGAGUAUCUUACAGCAAUCCAGUGUUUGAGAGCAAUGAAGAACAACUAUGAAGGAAAUGUGAUAUCUGAAGCUGAUAGAACAGAGAAACAAUGACAAAAGGGACCAAUUUCAGUGAUUUUUAAGCAAUGAGAUUCUUAGGAUAUCAGCUGGAGUUUGGGGUAUACCUAUCAAAUAACGGUGAAAAAUUAAAGUGUGUUUGAUAAGAUGCUUUCUACAGGCAGAACAUUGCCCCGGCACAGUGCUUUCCUUUUGCUUCUGAAAGUAUUGGGAAUGUUCAGUGAAUCAUGAAUGGGCCAAGGAUGACAGAGUUUGGGGGAUAAAAAAGAAGGAUAAUAUGCAUUUUUUCUCCUUAGGAUAUAGAUAUUUUUUUCUUUA